AUGGAAGUCGCGAAAGACUUGUUGGAGACUAAGGUCAUACACUCUGACAACAGCAGACACGAACGCGGCAGCACCGCCAAUGUCAUUAACACAGCGGAGAUCGUUGACCACAAGGAUGAUAUCCAGGAUGUAAACAAGACCAUGAAGCUCAUAGAGAAGGACGUUGCUGUUAAGGAUGCAUUCUACGCGAGACUCGAGGACACAUACGACCGCUGCCCAGUCCACGACGGGAAGCUUAUCCUCGGGGACUUCAAUGCAAAGGUCGGUCGCGAACGCAUCUUUGACCCCACCGUCGGUCUAUUCAGCCUCCAUGAGACCACCUCGAACAACGGUCUCAGGCUGAUUGACUUCUCCGCGGCGCGAAACAUGGUAGUGAGUAGCACCAGAUUUCGGCACAUCGACAGCCACAACGCCACAUGGCUGUCCCCUGAUCAAAAGACGCGCAACCAGAUUGACCACGUUGUGAUAGACGGAAGGCAUGCCUCAAGCGUGAUGGACCUGCGUACGUUUCGUGGAGUCAACAUUGACUCGGACCGCCAUGUUGCCGCAUCCAAGAUACGCAUGCGGUUAUGCCGAGCGAAGAACAAAGGCCCCAUCACGUAA